UCCAGUUUCCACAGCAUGCUGCUUUGUUUUGUGACCUGUCACCCCUCCUGUCUCUGCAGGAAGUUCCAUGGGCACAACUCCCUCAAAGAAUACUACGAGAAGGAGAGCUGUGUGCAUUAUAUUCACAAUGUUGACGUGCCACUUCUGCUGGUCAACUCUGCAGACGAUCCUCUGGUGCACGGGUCUCUGCUCACCAUCCCUCGCACACUGGCAGAGAAGAAGCAGAAUGUCAUCUUCGCCCUGACACUGCACGGGGGGCACCUGGGCUUCUUUGAGGGGGCUGUGCUCGUCCCCCAGCCCCUCACCUGGAUGGACAAGGUGAUCGUGGGUUACGCCAACGCCAUGUGCCAAUGGGAAAAACAGAAACCACCAUGCCAAAAAAGCGGGAACCUGAAUACAUCCUGUCCUGAAGAGAAGGCAGCGUAAACGUUAACUUCCUGAACUCCUCUCUCGCUCACCUCUGACCCCCCUCCCCACUCACUGAGGAGAAACCUUAACCAAACUUGAACUACUACUCUCUCCUCUCACGCCUCUUCUCGGGCUACUGUCUCAACCCUCUCCUCCUCCUCCCGGGUACCCCUAUUCCCUCAGCCUCUACUCCUCCUGCUGCCCCCCUCUAACCAAAACCACCUUACACGUGAAGGAACUAAAACGACUAAAUGCCUUUGUGCUUUGUCUCUGAGGGGAACUAGUGGAGUGGAGAGGAACAACUACUUUUGUCCUUAUGUAUACAUUACCAAGAGAGAUCCCUGAGAUCCAACCAUGGAGACUUUGACCAAAUAUUCACUUUAAAAAGGGAUAAAACAAACUGGCAUCUGACAAGUAGAGAAAAAGAGAGGGAGAGAGAGCGACAUGGUAGAUGUGUAGUUGUAGAGAAAAAGAGAGGGAGAGAGAGCGACAUGGUAGAUGUGUAGUUGUAGAGAAA